CACUCUCUCCAGAGUGCGCCCUCCGGCCGGUGCUACUUUUUUGCAGCGAAGCUGAAAAACCUAAAAACUAUGUUGCGAGUCGUAGUUGAGUGGGCCAGCAGAACGGUUGAUUACCGUUGACCAACAAGAAAAAUGGUUUCAAGGGAUCCCGAAGAUCAACUCAAGAAGCUCAAAUAUCCCAAAGCCGUAUUUUUCAUCAUCGUCAAUGAGUUUUGUGAACGUUUUAGCUACUAUGGCAUGAAAACUGUGCUCGGACUUUACUUCCGGAAUAUAUUGCUUUAUGAUGAAAGCGAAUCCACCGUCUACUACCAUCUGUUUUCAAUGCUGUGUUACUUCACUCCCGUUUUCGGAGCAAUUUUGGCGGACACUUACCUCGGAAAAUUCAAGACAAUUCUUUACCUUUCAAUCCUCUACGCCUGCGGUAACAUCAUAUUAAGCGUGGCCUCCAUACCAAAUACGCUGCCGCAAAAAGAAUUUUCCCUUUUGGGAUUGUUCAUCAUCGGUGUGGGCACGGGCGGUAUCAAGCCAUGCGUGUCGGCCUUUGGUGGCGAACAGUUUGUCCGUCCCCAGCAAGACAGACAACUCGAGCAAUUCUUUUCGUACUUUUAUAUUUCGAUUAAUGCUGGAUCACUCCUUUCGACUUUACUAACACCAAUUCUUCGUGAGGAUGUCCAGUGCUUUGGCCAGAAUUCGUGCUUUCCGUUGGCCUUUGGCGUUCCGGCUAUCCUGAUGAUCAUCGCAAUUGCUGUUUUCGUUUUCGGCAAAUGGAACUAUAAGAUGCGGCCCACUGAAGGAAACAUUAUGGUCGAUGUUUCAAAAUGUGUUGCCCAUGCAAUUGGACGGAAGUUGAAAAGCGAAGAGGAAGCCCAUGACCAUUGGCUAGAUUUUGCUUCAGAUAAAUUCGAUAAGCAAUUGAUUAAAGACAUCAAGCAAGUUCUUCAUGUUUUAGUGCUUUAUCUGCCCAUUCCAAUCUUUUGGGCUUUGUACGAUCAACAGGGUUCGCGGUGGUUGUUUCAAGCAACCAGAAUGGACGGAAGUUUGGGUUUCAUGUCCAUCAAACCGGAUCAAAUUGGAAUUGUGAAUCCAUUGUUGAUUAUAGCCAUUACUCCCCUUUUCAACAGCUUGAUUUAUCCCUGUUUUAAAAAAUGUGGAUUGUUGACUCCACUCCAGAGAAUUGGCACAGGUGGAAUGCUCAUCGGCAUUUCCUUUGUGAUUUCGGGAAUUGUCGAACUCAACCUUGAGAAAACGUAUCCUCGUAUUCCAGCUGCGGGAUUAACUCAGUUGAAUUUUGUGAAUACUUUACCAUGUCCAGUGGACAUUUCGUACGUUCACGCCAACGGUCCGGAGAAGUGGUUCGAAAUAAAUGCCAAGAGUUUUACUUUUGAACGAGAUCUCAGUGAUGGACCUAUUCAAGUGAAAGCCCAUUUACUUUCUUCUACUUGUGCCAAUGUAAACUUCUCAGCGCCUGAAUGGAUUGGUACUAUCGAUGGUGUUGGAACUAAAGCAUUCUCCGUCAUUAUUACUGGCCGGAAUGGCACAUUGGAAGUCGCUCGCAUGAACACGGAAGAACCUUUGGAUAAGGCAAAUUCCGGACAACCUCGCGUUGGGUUUAUUUUUAAUCUGCACGAUGACCUAGUCGAUCAGGGGAAUAUUACGCUGAAAUCGAAAGAUAGGAUUAUCCAUUUCCCAUUCCUCGCUUCGAACAACUCUUCGACGCUUGGUCGUGUUGUAAGCACAGAUGUUUUAGAGGUAGUUGUAGGCACGUAUGAGGUGUUCAUCCCGAGGAAGGACGGUAGGAUAAAUACGGAUGAUCCUGCUGGAACUAUAACUGUUUUACAAGGCGGUUGUUAUACCAUUAUCGUUCAACGGUCACUGGACCCUUUAUCUGCUCAAAACGAGGACGGCCUGGUAAUGCAAAUUGAAGUGACUCCGUAUAGCUCGGUACAUAUGAUGUGGCUGUUUCCCCAGUAUUUUAUUAUAACUGCUGGCGAGGUCAUGUUCUCCGUUACCGGACUACAAUUUUCUUUCACUCAGGCUCCAGAACGGAUGCAGUCGGUGAUGCAAGCUGCGUGGCUUUUGAAUGUAGCCUUCGGAAAUCUAAUUGUUACGGUGGUAGCUAAAGCCAAGUUAAUUCCUAGACAGUCCAUGGAGUUUUUCCUGUUUGCCGGACUAAUUGCAUUGGAUAUUAUUUUGUUCGUGAUCCUAGCAUUACGCUAUGACUACGUCGAAGAUGAAAACGAGGACAAAGCAAAGUUGCCCACAGCUACACCCAUUGAAGGAACAGAUAAUCAAGCAUUUGCUUCCGAGACUGCGAUAUAAACGUCACUGUGGUAUUUUAUAUAAUUAUUAUUAAGUAAACAAUGACAUUAUUUUUUAGAUUUCUGGUGGAUAGUUAAACAUUUAAAUAAAUAUGAAGUGCAUUUAUUUUGGAAUGUGAAAACAGUUUGUUUCCAAAAAUCUUCGUAAAAGCGAGUGAAUUGCUCCUACAGUCGUACAUGCGAUACAUAAAUACAGCCAAAGUUUAUCAACA